CCAUUAUAUCUUCAGAAUUAGAACAGUAACACUUUUCUCUCUGCACUUCUCAUUAAUAUUCUUUGUCCUCUGCAUAUCAAAUAGUUAAAAAUGGCUUCUUUUGCUACUCUCCAUGGCCUGCAUGGUUCUCUUCUGAGAUCCCAGUUCCUAGGCCAAGAUUACCACUGUACUCAUCAUCACUUUCCUCUGAAACAACCCUCCACAUCACAUCAAAGAAAACAAACUUCUGAGUUACAUGCCAAGUUCAACAUAAUGGAAAUCAUGGGAGGCAGAGGACUCUGCAAUGGAGAAAAAGGCCUUCAACAAGAGCUGGAAAGGCAAGUUGUUGUUGAUGACCACCCGCUGCCGCCGCCGCCAGAAUCAAGUGGUGAAGAGCAAGAACAGCUGAAUAGUGAUGGCAGUGUUGUUGCAGUUGCAGAAGAUGCUUUUGAGAAAGAAAUGAUGGGUUUGACUGGGGGGUUCCCUGGUGGUGAGAAAGGGUUGAAGAAGUUCAUUGAAGAAAAUCCACCUCUCCCUAAAUAGGAAUUUUUCUCAACCCUUCACUUUGAAAGAAGCCAAAGCCAUGGAGAACAAUCAAAAGAAUGCAAAGUCUUCCAUUCUGAUUUCUCUGACAAUUCAAACUUUGAGGUUUUCUUUCUCUUCCUCUGAUCUUCAUUCUGAUGAGACUCAACCCUUCACUUCAAUGAGUGUUACUUAAACUGUUACAUUUUAAAUCUAUAUGUGGUUUAAUUAACAAUUCAAUGUAUGCAAGUUGUCUCUCAGUUUCAAAGUUCAAAUUCUGUAAUACAAAUACCUUUUUUUUUGUAGUUUCUUAUAUCAUUGUUCCUAGUCCAUGGAGUAUCUUCAUGAUUUUAAUGAGUAGAUUAUAUGAAAUUUAUUCAAUUUGGUCAAAAGAUUAACAGCGUCAAAAUAGUAUUCAAAGGAUAAUUCUGGUUCAUUGUAUGCAAAUUGGUCUUUGGUAUUGCACAUCAUCUUGUGAACAAUUGGACCAUUUUGAUUUAGAAACAGGUAUCAUUCAAGGAAAAAAAGAGAGUUAUGUCAUGGUUUUCUGCGACUAAUUUAAUUGAUUUUCUAGAAUAUUUGAUGUAAAUUUACUCUUAAUCAUAAUUUUAUGUUUCAGGACUGUGUUCUUUCCAUUGUUGUUGCCAAUAUAAUCAAUUUGGCACACUUGAAAAUGGGAAUAGAAAAAUUUAGAUAACUUAUACUUAAAUUUACAAUUAGAAAUAUCAGACUGAAUUUUAAACAUAAAAUGAGACAAAAAAAAUUGGUCAAUUUUGAUGAAUCAUAGCCACAGAAAAAGAAUGUGCCUUCUUCAGUACAUGUGCUUGAUUAGAUGCUCCAGAUUAGCCACACAACAAAAUUGCAUUUGGACACGAGUUCUUUCUAGCCAAUGAAAAGAGAUCUUCCCUCCUAUGUUGAAGCUUAUGAACUUGAAGGUAAGAGCUCAAUUAUUCAUAAAUCAAUUUUAUACAACUUUCUAUAAAAGCAUUUUUCUUCCUCAACUCUCUUUAUCAUCUCAACCAUCACAUUUCAUAUUUGACUCUUUUUUCUCUUACAUUUUUAUACCAAUAUUUGUAUAAACAAUUGUGUAUAUAUAGUUUCUCUGUGCAAUAUUAGAGCUGACAUGAAAGUUUAGGAUUUAGUAAUGGUUUCCUAAUUCCUAUCUAUUAUUCUGAGGAUGUGAGUGAAUGAAAUGGACAAGAGCAAAGUUGUCCUAAUUUGAAAGUUCGGUUUAGAAUCCAACUCCUAUGAAACUUUCCAAGUUGUCCAUAUCCUCUUGGUCACCACAAAAUGUUGAAACGUGUCCGAUGUUUCUUUAGUAAGCUACUGCUUCAGCAUAUGCUUAUAGCAUAUGCUAUGGUUGUUUACUGAAUAUGGUAGACAGUAGACAAUCUUUGAGGUUUUUGCAACUGAUAUAAAGGUCUAGUGGAUUUGAGAAAGUUCAAUUUUUUUCUUAUUGGUAAGGAUGUUUUACCUACUAAUUUAAGGAGAUAACGAUGUAAUCUUAGAGCAAGCAUAACGUGUAACAGGUGUGCUGUUUAUACAAAGGAUUUUGAUCACAUUUUUCACCAGUGCCCUUCUUCCUGAUAUGCGUGAGCUCACAUCAGGUCCAAACUCACGGUUAUUCUUGAUAAUGUUUCUUCUCAUGAUUGGUUUUAUGCUCAAUUUCAACAAAAUUAUAUUCUUGUGGUUGCAAUUCUUUGGUGGAUUUGGAAAUACGUAACAGCUAUAUAAUUCAUACUCAUGUUUGACCUGUUGAUUUUGUUUUAAGGUAGAUUUUAGUUUUUGGUUAUGAUUUCAGGCGUUGGGGAAUGAGUGAGCGCUUUUUCAUAGUGCUAGAGGCGUACGUCUAUGUGAUAUUCAUUUGAAUGUGGAUGGCAGUUUGAUCUUUAUUUAACAACAAAUGAGGUUGGAGUUGUUCUGUGUGGUUAGGAUGGGAGAUGGUAUCUGACACCUCUUGCAAUGAAGAUUCUUUUCGUGUUGAGCUACUUAUAGUGGAGGUGGGUUUACAACAUGCUUAGGACUUGAGUUUUAAGUGUGAAUCUAGUUGCUUUAAGUCUCCUUACGAGUAAUCCUGAUGUUAGUACUUAAUUGGUUGGGAGAUGUGAUUCUCUGAGUUAGGAGUAUGCUGCAUUGGAGUUUGUAUGUUUCCUCGUCUCAUAUCCCUAGAGACCCUAACAUGGUUGCAGAUGCUUUGGUUGGGAAAACUACUGGAGAGGACUCUCCUCGUCCUCUCCACUUCGUGUUUGGAAGUUUACUCAUUCCAAUGAUAUUUAUUUUCUUUACUGUGACUUGUUUGUUUAGUUUGUCUUUAGAUUUCCAAAUGCAACAGAAAGAAAUUUGUAUAAUAUAGAUGGAUGAUGUGUAGAUAAAGUAAUGCUAAAUAUAAAAAUUAUCAUACAAUUAUGUU